GGCCGUUCAGCUCCCGACACUGUCAAAAUACUCAGAUGAGAAAUAUAGGAUGCUUUCGGGUCUAGUUAACAACUCUGGGAGUGAGGCGGAAAGAAAAGGCUUCCAACCACUCAGACAUAGGGGUGUCUAGUUCAAGUGUCUCCCUACUCCUAGGUCCUCCGAUUUCUUUUUUCUUAUUUCUUAGAACGGAUGAAGUAAACGCAGAAAAUAGGGUCUAAGCCUAUUAAAGAUGUGCUCCCAGCGGCAGGCCCUAGGACAGAAAUCUUAGGGUAUAAAGUACAUCGGCGAGAAUGCAGUCCUGGUUCUUUAAGGGGGCGUGCCAAUGGGGGCGGAGUCUAGAGCGGAAGUUGCAAAUCAGAUCCAAAGUCUGGCUAAUGAAGGGCGGAAGUAGAGUGUCUAGUGCUGCAAUCAUGGCGCAGGAAGAGGAAGAUAUUCGAGAUUACAAUUUGACUGAAGAGCAGAAGGCGAGAAAGGCCAAGUAUCCUCCAGUCAUUCGGAAGUACGAGUAUUUGGAUCAUACAGCAGAUGUCCAGUUACAUGCGUGGGGAGAUACUCUGGAGGAAGCAUUUGAACAAUGUGCAAUGGCCAUGUUUGGUUACAUGACAGAUACUGGGACUGUGGAGCCCCUGCAAACAGUAGAAGUAGAAACCCAAGGAGAUGACUUACAGUCUCUGCUGUUUCACUUUUUGGAUGAGUGGCUUUAUAAGUUCAGUGCUGAUGAAUUCUUCAUACCCCGGGAAGUGAAAGUACUUCAAAUUGAUCAAAGAAAUUUCAAAUUACGGUCAAUUGGGUGGGGAGAAGAAUUUUCAUUGUCCAAGCACCCUCAGGGAACUGAAGUCAAGGCAAUAACCUACUCAGCAAUGCAGGUCUAUAAUGAAGAGAAGCCAGAAGUUUUCGUGAUCAUUGACAUUUAAGAUACCAAAAAACAGGGGCGCCUGGGUGGCUCAGUCGUUACGUGUCUGCCUUCGGCUCAGGUCAUGGUCC